AUGGAGCAGAGAGAGAUGCUUGUGGCUCCCAACGGCCGGGAAGGGAGAAAACGGUGCUGGGAAGGGGGAAGGGCCGGGACAACGGACAGGGGAGGGAGGAGGCGGGGGAGCCAGCUGGGCACUGGGACAAGCAAAGACCAACGGCAGCGGCUGGGCAGGCCCAUGAGCUCCUUGGGCUCCCAGCUCUGCAGGGCAGCAUUCCUGGGCGCCCUCUUGCUGCUGCUGCGAGUCAAGGGGGUGAAGACCCAGAGAGGGAGCCCAGGCCUAGAUGAGAGGAGUCAGAAAGAGAAGACACCCUCUACAGACCAAGAUCGAGAACAGUUCGAAGAGCACUUCAUGGCCUCCUCGGUGGGUGAGACGUGGCAGGUGGUGGACAUGGCCCAGCAGGAGGACGACAAGACCUCGGAGGUGGCGGCAAUCCGUGACCACCUGUUCGACCUCGCCUUCUGCUUUAACCUGGCCAGCAUCAUGGUUUUUUUAUGAGGGACGUUGAGGCGGAGGGCGCUUCUCCCAAGGGAAACGAACACGUGGCUUUCUGGCUCCCGCCAGCGGCCCUCUUCCUGA